AUGAAUAAUAAUAAUAAAAUAAGAGAGUUAAAAAAAAAAUAAUUUUUAUUUUACUUAACCACAAAGAAUUAGGAAAAGUUUGAAGAAAAAUAUGGUUGUUUUAAGCAUUAAGAGUAAUACAAUAACAUAUUUAACUAUAGGUUUAAAUUUGAAUCUCUUAGAUAUUUUCUCUAUAAUCAAUAUCAUAACAAAUGUUUGAUGCCAUCUUAUUUAACAUUACCAGAGUUAUUGAAGGGUAAAAUGAUAUUAAGAAGAGAAUGA